UUUUUCCGAUUUUGCUGUCAACCGGCUCCCAAAUUCGCUCAACUUUCUUUCUUUAAAUAGCGAAGUAACUCUUUUUUGUCGUAACAACAUUAUGCUUCGCAUUGUAUCUGACCUGUGGGUUAUUUGACAACAACGUGUUAAUCUUAUACAUUAACCUUAAUAUCCCACUUCCUGUAAUUGAAACUAACUUCUCGGGCUAGCGUUAGCUGAGUUAGCAGACCUCUCCAUGGCCCCUCUCCGGGUCCUAUGUAUUCACGGUUACCGGCAGAACGGCAGCUCGUUCCGGGAGAAGACGGGAGCUCUGCGGAAGCUGCUGAAGAAACACGUGGAGCUCGUUUACAUGAGCGCACCGCACAGUGUGCAGCAAGCCAGCAGUGAAGCUCCAGAGAAGGAUAAUGGUCUAGGUUCUGGACCCGGAGGGGACGAGGGCUCCAGGGGUUGGUGGUUUUCUGACGUCCAGGCUCGGAGUUUCAGCGCUCAGCAGCAGUGUGAGGAGAGCCUGGGGCUGGAUGACAGCGUGGCGGCUGUGAGGGAAGCUGUGAGGGUCCAGGGUCCGUUUGAUGGCAUCCUGGGCUUCAGUCAGGGAGCAGCUUUUGUAGCCAUGUUGUGCUCUCUUCAGGAGCACAAACUGGAGCCAGAUUUCAGCUUCCACUUUGCCAUCCUUGUCGCUGGUUUCCCAAGUGCAUGUAAGGAACACCAACAAUUCUACAACCCUCCCCUCCAGAUCCCCUCCCUGCAUGUGUUUGGACUGGAAGACCGAGUCAUCCCUGACUGCAUGAGCAGGGAGCUCCUUCCCUCCUUCCAAGACCCUCAGGUCCUCACUCAUCCUGGGGGUCAUUUUGUUCCUGCUGCGUCCACCCACAGACAAGCCUACCAGGACUUUUUCAAGAGGUUCCAGUGAGCAACGAGGUCACAGAAACCCAGGUGCUGAAUAAAUUAAUGGCUGUGAAUUAAACUCAAGAAUGUUGAUUAUUUAAUGAUCAGAAAAGUCCUGUGAUCAGGGCCGGCCCUGACCAAUUUGCUGCCCUAGGCAAGAUUUUAGCUGGCGCCCCCCACCCCCCCCCUGCAGACACUCACUAUGACUCGCGCAUGCAUGCACGUGCACGGUUGUGGCAUG